CAGCACCAUAACCCAACAUCACAUCCAUCACCAUUUGCGCCAAGCAGGUCUUUCUUCUUGAUUCUAUCGAUUGUUUUCUUUUGAUCUGAUUUCGUGUUCGCGCAACACUUUCGUCAUGGCUCUGCAGCAACGAGCUUCAGGUGACCUACUCAUGAAUUGUGCACCAGCAUAGUAGCUCUUCUGGGCACUGCAGACCCCCAGGAUCCUCUCCAAAUAUACACGGUGAUCCAUGGAGUUCUUCUAGAUACGGGCGCGGUUCGGGUUCCAAUACAGUGGUCUUCUUGCAACCUAGUGUUUUGAGACUUCUAGGUCGCAGAAUUGAUUGGAGCGUGCGGCGUAGCAGCGGUUAGCCUGCAGGUACGGCGGUUACACCCAUACCACACUGCUGUUAAGUAUCCGCCAACAUGCAAUGUGAUGCGGUCCAGCCUCAUAUUUCUGUUGUUGUUUCUGUUCUCCUUCUCUUUCGCCUUUGUUUUCGGUUCGGAUUUUAGUUAUGAAUCGUGUCGCACCAGUUGCACGCUCAAGUGUUGACGACAGCGUCAAGUCGCCAAAUGUUGAGAUUGGGUCUGUGUCUACAGGAAGCCAUGACGGAGCGUCUCCAUCAAAGACCUGGAAGCCACCUGCUCUUCGCUCCCCAGUACUGAUACUGACGAUCCUGGUUUGUUGGGGGCUCAUUGCUAUUCUCCAGGUCUUUCUCGUCAAAAGCCAGCAUGACGGAGGCGUGCUCUUCGCGCCCAAGAUCGGCGAACUUCCUUUUCGUCAACAAUUCCUCUAUUUGUAUCUUCCUACUGUGAUCGCUGUGCUGUUCAGCAUAUACUGGGCUUGGAUCGACCUGGAAACGAAGAGAAUGGAGCCUUACUAUCAGUUGAGUAAGGAAGACGGUGCUCUUGGCAGAGACUCUCUUCUCCUACACUACCCAUUUGACUUCAUCCCAUUGGUUCCGAUUAAGGCAGCUAGAAAGCGCCACUGGCCGGUCUUCUGGGGGUCACUUCCUGUACUAUUAGUCACAUUUGGCUUGGUACCCUCGCAGGCGGGUAUUUUUUCUGUGGAAAUGAUUACCCGCACUUCAGAUACUGCUUUCAAGCUUUCGACGUACUCUAUGCCGGCUGAGAUACAAGCAAAUAACCUGUCAAUGCGCUUCGCGCAAUCGACGUAUGGGAUCGCUACUCUGAACGAGACUUUGCCUGGCUUUAUGGCACGCAACUACACACUUGCACCUUUCAGGCCUACAACGAACGAGGGUGCCUCAUCAGAGAGCCAGUCCACUUGGACUGCCACAACGACCAUGUACAGUCUCGAUAUGUACUGUGAGUCCGCACCUGCCAUUCGAGAGAGCAGAGGCCGGAGCACCUCAGUCCAGUAUAAGAGCAGUGGAGGCUGUAACGUCACGCUGGGACUGACAGGGAACUUGACCCAAGGUUCAAACUCCAACAGCUUCUACUCACCACUAUUGAAUAUGAAGGACUAUACGGCAAUGUACAUCGGAUACUGGAACAACGGCUUCGCGGAUUGGUCGCUGGACAGUAGCUGCCCAUCAGACCAAAACGCAACCUUCUAUGCUGCCUUUGCGAAGAACAAGGCACGAGCCGAAGAUUCUCCUAACAACGUUACCGCAAUCUUCUGUUAUCCAGGCUACUACCAACAGGAGGUGAACGCAACUGUUGACGCCCUGACCCAGGCGCCCCUGAAGGUAGUGCCCAUCGGAGCCAAAGAGCCCCUCAAGGGUGGCAUCUUCAACCAAACAUCCUUCGAAGAACAGGUUGGCUCAGGCUCAUCGAACUACAAUGUCAGAGGCGACACUAUGCCAGGAAGCUCGAUGCCCGACUAUCUGGAGAAGAUCGCACAAACAAAUGUUAGUUUCCAAACAGGGUCCCAGGGAGGAGGUGUCGUACAGCCUAUGGUAGGACUGGCUCUCGCAGUCAGUAAUUGCCUUCUCGAAGAGUACCUGGACUGGAAGGUCCUUAGCAAGUCAUACGCGGAUGCUUACAGGUUACUCUUCGCCCGUGCUAUGGUCGACAUCUUAGGUAAUGGCUUCGAGACUUCUGACGCAAUCGUUGGAAUCCAUCAAUAUACUAUCCAAGCCGUCAUUUUAGAGCCGGUGUUCACGUACAUUGUGGAGGGCUUGCUCGGAGCUAUCUCGAUCGCAACUUCGGUGCUACUCUACCUCUCCAUCACGCGGAAGCGAAACCUGCGAUCAGACCCAAGCACUAUCGCAAGUGUCAUGACCCUUGUGGCUGAUAACGAUGCUCUGCUCGCUGAUUUUGAGGAGUUAGACUGUUGCACGCUCAAUGAAGUAUGGGAAGCUUUGGCAGAGAAGAGGUUCCGGCUUGUUGAUGACGGUCAACGUACCGGUAUUGAGGCGAUCAGCUCUGCAGCGGAUGCUAUCUUCACUGCUCAGCAACCAACAACGCUAUCCCAGCGCCAGAACACCUCACGAGAGAUUGCGAAACCCGUCCGUCCCAAAGAGUUCAGUCUCUGGAUGUCUAUACCAUUUGUGGGCCUCUUUAUCGGCCUGGGCAUCGCUCUUGCCAUCAUCUUUGCCAAAGCACAAGUCAAUGGCCUACCGCUCCCUUCGAGUAACAAGCUUGUGCAGAACCUGCUCGAGAACUACAUCCCCACUGCACUGGCAACGCUUAUUGAGCCCAUGUGGGUCCUGAUUAACCCUGCGAGGUUGCAAAGCAGAAGCAAAAGACUCUAUCGAUGCCAACUACAGCUCAUUGCUCCUCAGCUCACCUUGUUGAAGGCUCUGAGAUCAAAACAUUUCGUACUUGCUGCAGUGUGCGCCAUGGCUCUUCUCGCGAACCUUUUGGCCAUUGCCUUUGCUGGCAUUUCCAACCAGAAUACGAACGAUAUGCUGCACGCGAUGGUUUUCGACCCACCAUUCGAGAUGAAAUUCGUUUAUAUCAACGGCAGUAUUGUACCCAAGAGCAACGAAGAGAUUGGGUCUUUCGAAGCCUCUGGUGCCUUCCGUGGCGGCAACUCUCAAGACCAGUUUCUGGUCGCUGAGUCAAAUUUCACUAGAGGAACCCCAUUGCCUCCUUGGACUGACGAAAAGAGUUUUUACCUCCCGUACAUGGCUUCCACCACUGCAAAUGCCACAAAAGGCCGCCGCUACCGAGCAGAGACGACAGUCUUUGGUGCUGAGUUAGACUGCGACAUGCUGAAGGCUGAUGUUGACUACCAUGGCCGCAUCGUCAACGACAUCGCAGACCCCCAUCUCGAGUUCAACGUUACCACUUCAUCAAACACCACUACGAUAUGUCCCAGCAACGGGUUUACCUUUGUACACUGGGAACCCUCAGACACUGCGGCUCCCAAGAGAUUCCAUGCAAGUUGUCAAAGUGGUCCGAGUGCUGCGGAAGUUAUGUUUUUGCUGGAUGCAAAUGCCAAUGCCACCAAAGCAGGGAAGGAUGCAUGCAUGUCUACCAUGGUCAUGGGCUGGAUCAGAGCUCCAAAUGGUUCAUGUGGAACGUUUGAAAAUAGGGACUUGAUCGAUACCAAUGCGGCUUUUGUUCGCUGCAAGCCUAGACUGGUCAUAGGUGCAGCCUCCGUCCAGGUCGAUGAGGACGGCCGAUUGCAAGAGCCGGUCAAAGAACUUAAAAUCCUUGAUCUUGCCGGAGACCCGUCCCAGACUUUCAGCAAUGACCCCGUCAACCUUAUGAGACAGAGCAACAAGUACUUGUUCAAGUUCGGUAUCGCGGACUCCGAGUGGCACAAUGACAGCCGUGCGGGAGAUUACAUGAACUACUUCGCACUGCGAGACAGCAAUAGCAGCAGGCUCGUUGAUCCCACGCAAAGGCCCCCGACGCUUGAUGACAUCCAAAAGUAACUAGGAAAGGCGUACUCGAGGCUUUUUGCAAUCUGGCUGGGCACCAAUAAGGAGAAACUUUCGGUUCCACGGACAACAACAGACCAAGCUCCCAUCAAUGGCUGGACUGUGGUGACAGAACAACGACUCUUCCUCUCCACGCCGAUGUUUGCUAUGUCCGAAGGUAUUCUGUUCACCUACUUC